ACACAACACACAGAACAGCCUUAAAAUCUCCCAUAUCCCAACUCUUGUUACCUCCCUAGAGCUUAUCAAAUACCCACAAAGACACCACUGCCCUAGACAAAAUGCCCCACACACGCAUACUUGUCAAAUUAAAUUCGAACCAAUCCAUCAGCGCGCCGUGCCUAUUACCUCAAACGCUCAAUCCUCGAGCUCAACUCCUAUCAUACGCUAAGUCGAAAUUCCGUACAAAAGCCACCAGAGUAUUUCUUCCAGGCGGUGAAGAGCUCCUUACACCACAAGCUGUCCAAGAAGUCCUUGAUUUAUGCCACGAGCGCCGUACCGUGGGUCCAACCUUUCUCCUCUCCGCCGGUGAGCCAUACGUCGGUGCGCUAGCGCCCCCAUCGCCCGCACGUGCUGAGAUAAGAGCAUGUGAAGUACAUGUGAUAGCGGAAGAUUCAUACAUCGAUCCACAGGCUAUCACACAGUUGGAAGCUGCCGCCAAGUUGCCUGGGAUGGUGCGCGCGGUCGGGUUGCCGGAUUUACACCCUGGCGGGAAGUUCCCGGUUGGCGCGGCGUUCGUCUCGGAGCGCUUUAUCUACCCAUCUUUGGUGGGUAGUGAUAUCGGGUGCGGGAUGACUCUGUUUCUGACUGGCCUCACUCGGAAAAAAUUGGAAGACCAAACCGGUAUGAGAAGGGUAGCUGAGAGUUUGCGGGGCCUGGAAACUGCAUGGAGGAGCCCUCAGGAGAGGACGGCCUGGCUCGGGAACUGCGCUGCUGGCGACGAGUGGGAUAGAUCAGUUGGAACUAUCGGUGGUGGGAAUCACUUUGCCGAGUUUCAGAUCGUGGAGGAGGUGGAGGAGGGGCACGGGUUGUGCUCGGGGAUUGUGGUACUAUUAAUCCACUCUGGGUCCAGACGCUUUGGGAAACAUAUCUUGGAGACCUUCACUAAAGACGACAAAUCUGUUUCACUGGCCUAUGGCGAUCCGAAAACGGCCGAAUAUCUAAAGCUCCACACACAAGCCUGCAAUUGGGCUAGUAAGUCAAGGGAUUUAAUUGCUCUACGAAUCUUUGAAUGUAUAGAAGGGAGUCGCUGGGCACUGCCGGAAACCAUAGACCUGGAUACCGCAGCGCAUUUAAAUGCCAGGCUACAGGGAAGGAGGGUCUUGGAUAUCCUACACAAUAGCGUAACAGCAACUCUCUGGCCCCCACACGCUGAAGCGCAAUACCAGAAGCCCAUGUUCAUCCAUCGAAAAGGUGCCGCGCCUGCGCCGCCAGGAACACCCUUCCUUCCACUCCCUGGGAGCCGAGGCACACCAACCCUGCUUGUUAAACCACUCUUCUCAGAACUUAACCAAAACGGAUUCAAAAAUGGGCUCUCGCUAGCACAUGGCGCUGGCAGAAUGCUGUCAAGAAACGAAGCCCGCGGAUUAUCACGAAAAUACAACAACGACGUUAAAGUGCUCACAGAGAUGAAGCCGAUGGAGAUGAGGGGUGGUGGGAAGGGAAGGGUUGUGACUAGUGGUUAUGUCAUUUGUGAUGAAAAGGAGUUAGUCUGGGAGGAGGCAGUGGAGGCAUACAAAAAUGUUGAGAUUGUGGCACAGGAUUUGGAGAAAUGCGGGGCUGCGAAAGUUAUGGGGAAGUGUGUUCCAAAGGUAACCUAUAAAGUUAGAAACGAUUCCUUGUCGUAAGAGUAGCCUUAUUACUCAUUACGGUGAGGUUACAAUAAGGGGAAACACCAUCAAUAACCA